UAUUUUCAGUUUUCCAUUUCCCUAUGUUGUUGUUGUUGUUAUUACAACUUCAACUUCUUUUUAUUUAUUUUUCUCUAACUACUUGUUUAAUUAUUAAGCAAGAGAACAACAAUAACAACAAAAUUAGUAAUCCGAUAGUAUUAGGCUGGUGAUAGGACCUUGGAAGUAGUACAAUGGAGAAGCAUUUAAAACAUCCUGUUUCAGGCAAACCCGAUGCUCAAUCGGUAUCAACUAUAUUUCAAGAAGUAGAAAAUGCUUGGGGGAUUAGACGGAAUGCAUAUCGAGCAUCAAGUGACAUUAGCUUGUUUUCAAGUUCAUUGCCUGUCAUCACACAUGAGAAAUUGAAUCUUGUUGACUCACACUAUAAUAAACAAUCUCGAGAAGACGGGAGUGAAGAUACAAUUGGUGAUAUCACAACUAGUUUAACCGGAAGCAUGCUUCCAGGGGAUGAAGAUGAGCUAUUAGCUGGUAUAACAGAUGACUUUGACCUUGCUGACUUGCCUACUCAAUUGGAGGAUUUGGAUGAUGACCUUUUUGAAAGUGGAGGGGGAAUGGAGAUGGAUUUUGAUGCCCAAGAUGGGAUCCAAUAUGGUCUCUCAAACUUGAGCAUGUCUGAUGGUGUCCCUUUAAUCGGUCUUGGUCGUCAUGACCUCCCCAAUAGUGGAACACCAGUUGUUGGAGAACACCCGUAUGGAGAACAUCCUUCAAGGACUUUAUUCGUUAGGAAUAUAAAUAGCAAUGUUGAAGACUCUGAAUUGAGAUCUCUCUUUGAGGAAUAUGGAGAAAUCAGAAAUUUAUAUACCGCGUGUAAGCACAGGGGUUUUGUGAUGAUAUCUUAUUAUGACAUCCGGCAUGCUCGGGCUGCAAUGAAAGAACUUCAAAAUAAACCUUUAAGACGAAGGAAACUAGAUAUUCAUUUUUCAAUCCCUAAGGAUAAUCCAUCAGAAAAGGAUAUAAACCAAGGGACUCUUGUUGUUUUCAACUUGGAUGCAUCAAUAUCUAGUGAAGAUCUUCGUCACAUAUUUGCAGCUUAUGGGGAAGUCAAAGAGAUCAGGGAAACACCACACAAGCGACACCAUAAGUUUGUUGAGUUUUAUGAUGUUAGAGCGGCAGAGAUGGCUCUCAACGCUCUGAAUGGGAGUGAAAUUGCUGGCAAACGAAUAAAGCUUGAGCAUAGCAGGCCUGGUGGUGCUCGUAGAAGCCUGAUGCAACAAUUGAGUCAAGAGCUGGAACAGGAUGAUACUCGAUCUUUCUGGCACCAUGCUGGUUCACCAGUGGUCAACUCUCCUCCCGAAGUCCAUGCUAUAGGUCUAGCAGGUAGCUGGAAUCAUCUAAAUAGUCCAGGGGAACGCAGUUCACAACAAGGGUUCAGCUGGUCAUCUGGGUUUGGAACACUGAGCCCUGUUAACAGCACCCCAUUACAUGGCCUGGCUUCUAUACUUCCACCCCACUUGUCGAGCCCUGUGAAGAUUGCACCAAUUGGUAAAGAUCAAGGCAUGAGAAACAGCUUUAUCAAGUCGAUACAGGGCUUUGACAAUCAACAAGCUCAUUCGUUCUCUGAAAAUGAGCGAUCUUUUAUCAAUUCCAAUCAUGACCCAUCUAGUAUCGGUAGACUAUCUGGUCCAGAGUUUCUCUGGGGAAGUCCAACUAGUUCUUCUUCAUGGCGGGCUUCUUCUGUGGGCCCGUUUCCACCCACCGAACAGAGACAAGUUUAUUCAAGUCCUAGCCAGCAUGGUGCGUUUAUAGGAUCACAUCAUCAUGUUGGCUCUGCUCCAUCUGGUAUACCUUUUGACAGCCAUUUCACAUCCUAUCCUGAAUCUUCAGAGAGAGCGUUUAUGAGCCCAAUCAUCUUUAGUGGAAGUGGUUCUCCUAUUUCCCGAAUGCCAUCUUUUCCUAGUAAAGGACCGAUGUUUCUUGGUAAUGGUUCUUAUCAAGGAAGGGGAGCAUCAAAUGAUGCUUUAAUUGAACGUAAUCGAAGUCGACGAGUUGAUUAUUCUGUGAACCAGAUAGGAAACAAGCAGUAUCAACUUGAUUUGGAUAAAAUAUUGAGUGGGGAGGAUUCUAGAACAACUUUGAUGAUAAAAAAUAUCCCCAACAAGUAUACUUCCAAAAUGUUGCUUGCAGCCAUCGAUGAAAGUCACAAGGGUACCUAUGACUUUGUAUAUCUGCCGAUAGAUUUUAAGAAUAAAUGUAAUGUUGGUUAUGCGUUCAUCAACAUGGUGUCUCCUUCACACAUUGUCUCCUUUUAUGAGGCAUUCAAUGGAAAAAAGUGGGAGAAAUUUAAUAGUGAAAAGGUUGCUUCCUUGGCAUAUGGAAGGAUCCAAGGAAAGGUGGCUCUUGUUACACAUUUCCAGAAUUCGAGUCUAAUGAACGAGGACAAAUGGUGUAGACCAAUUCUCUUCCAGUCUGAGGCUCAAGGGGAUGAUGAUCUGGAAUCCAUUCCCUACCAUAACAUGAACAUAUGUAUUCGUCAACCAGAUGGAUCUUACUCUGUGGAUUCACUAGAUAGUUCAACCAGCAGUCUGGAAGAAAACCAGACUUGAGUUUAUUAUAACGGGAUUGCAUUUUUCCGCAUCAUUUUGGUGGAAAAUAACGCUAAUGAGACAUUGGUUUGUUGUAUCGAGAGCAACAAGUUGUUUUAUAGAAAUUUGAGAAAACGGUAACUGAGGUAUUGUGAGAAUUUGCAGUCUUGUAUAAGGUAAAUUGUCAAAUAAUUGUUUAUAUAUGUACAUAUGUGAGUUAGGAAUAUAGUGCCUAAGGGCUGUUUUCAAGUGUAUAGAACGGAGACAACAGAUCCCGGAUGGUAACUACUAUUGUAUAAAGUGAAAUUUCCAAAUAAUGAUCUCAUUGAUCUUAUAUGUAUAUAUUGACACAUUGAUCUAA